AUGGAUAACGAGCGGAAAAAAAGCAAAAUUUCAGAAAGUCAAGAAAACGGAAGUGAUUUUGAAACAGCAAUUGCAAGCACUGGAUAUGGAAAAUUUAAUUUUUUAUUGCUUUUGAUUGCAUUUCCAUGUUGUACUAGUAGUGUUUUCGAGACGACAUCGAUGUCAUUAAUUUUACCGAGUGCUGAGUGUAUCCUAAACCUUUCAUUAGUUGACAAAGGAAUUUUGAAUGCUGUAACGUACGCUGGCAUGAUAAGUUCAGCCAUUCUCUGGGGAUUUUUAUCGGACGUGCUGGGUAGGAAAAAAUUGCUAGUUUAUGGUUAUCUAUUAGAUGGUGUUGUAAAUAUUCUCUGCGGAUUCAGUCAGUCAUUCAUUCCGAUAAUGAUAUUUAAAUUUUUCGGUGGAUUUAUAUCAUGCGGUCCAUUUGCUGUCUUGAUGGCUUACCUUUCUGAACUGCAUGGCUUGAAAUAUCGUUCUCGAGUUAUGCUGUCAACGGGAAUAUUUUUCAGCUUAGGAAACAUUAUUCUACCAUCAUUAGCUUGGCUUAUUAUACCCAAUUCUAUAUUUAACAUCAAGCUGAUUGGAAAUCAUUACGAACUACAUACAUUCCAAACUUUUCUGGUUGUAUGCUCACUGCCCAGCAUCAUAAGUGGGCUUGCUGUUAUGUGUUUGCCUGAAAGCCCAAAAUUUCUCAUGUCUCGUGGAAACAACAGUGACGCAAUGAAAAUAUUUAUUAAAAUUCAUCGUAUGAAUAAUGGGAAUGAUGCAGUCUAUCCGAUUAAAAAUUUAAUCAACGAAAGGAUGAAAGAAGUUAAAUUAAUUGAAAAUAUAAACACGAGGCCAAUGUCGAAAUUAUUUCAUGGCAUUCGCAAUGGACUUUCCCAGAUGACUGUCAUGCUGAAGCCUCCACAUUUAAAAAAUGCCUGCAUCGCAUACACAAUUCAAUUUUGCAUUCUUUUUGGCUUGAAUACAUUCCGUCUGUGGGUUGUACAGCUAUUUGCCAUCAUCAAGGAGUAUGAAGUGGAAUAUGCACAUGAAAUGGAAUCAAUGGAUGCAAAUUUAUGUAAAAUGAUAGAAUAUAAAGUGAACAAAACUGAGCAUAUCCUCUCAGGAUCGGAUGAAAAUUUCAAUAGAACUUGUGAACCGAAUUUGGAUGGAGAAAUGUUCUUUAAUUCGAUGCUCAUUAGUAUCAUUCAACUUAUUGCAUAUUUGAUGGCAAGUUUUGUAAUUAAUGCAAUUGGUAACAAAAAUCUAUUAAUAUUUGGUUUAAUGAUUUCCGGCUCUUGUGCGAUAUCAUUAUAUUGGGCAAAAAAUUCUAUAACCACACUUCUUCUGUCGGGCGGAUAUAUAUCGAUUGCUAGUCUCUCCUCAACAACUCUUGUGGGAUCUGUAGUGUCAUUAUUUCCUACAUCUACCCGCACAAUGACAGUUUCACUACUAAUGAUGUUUGGGCGUCUUGGUGCAGUCAUAGGAAACUUGAUAUUUCCAACACUUCUUUCUCUUGGAUGCUUUCCUCCGUUUUCGGUGAUAAGCUUUACAGCUUUUGUUUGUAGUGUAGUAUGCUGGCUUAUACCGAAGACAACAAAAAAACCAUUGCAGUAG